UUUACUUUGGAAGCCAUGUUUGGCUGCUCUCUCCAACGUCGACAAGUCAUGUUGGAUUUGAAUAGAAAAUUUUUCUCCCUUCAGGUUGAUUGAGGUAACUAGCUGCUUCGUGGAAGCGUGACAAUUGUAUCCUCAAACCCCCAAUCCAUCUUCCAGAAAUAGUGUGGAUGAGGAUAACGUCUCUCUCUGCCUCUUUCCUCGAAUAUUCCCUCAUCAGAUUUAUUAAUUUUAAUCUCUAACAGUCAACAAAAUACAUUUAUAAAUAAUAAUAAUUGAGCAGAAUUCUUACCAGGCCGAAUCCCACAAUUCACUAUGUCUUGGUUUUUUGAGUCGCCGGCUGAGGAACAGGAGGAAUUUAGCUCGUCAACGUCUACAACGACGUCGGCCAUUGGAAAGAACAGUGAUCUGUGGGGGAGUGAAUCAUCAGACUCAGACAGCGAGGAUUGCAAGGAAGAGAACGAAGUACAGAGCGCGUACAAGGAUAAACUCGAUAACAUUGAUGCUUUAGAAGACGCUUUGCCUAUCAGGAGAGGCAUAUCAGAGUUCUAUAAUGGAAAAUCGAAGUCCUUCCAAUGUCUGGCUACAGCUUCCUUUUUUUCCUCCAUUAAAGACAUUGCAAAACCAGAAAAUGCAUACACCAGGGAACGUAGAAACAGAGUUGCACAUAAUGUCUGGGACAAGAAUAGAAGUAGUUAUCCUCGCCUAAGUGAUAGGUGUGGGAUAUCAAAGAGGCCAAUCAGCUCCAGCCGAAGACCAAUGCCUCAAAGCAGAUCCUCAAGCAUCAGCAGCACAAAUUCAAAUUCCAGCUUCAAUUCAAAGUCGCCUCCAAAUCUGCACCUGCGAUCCAGUUCAUCUCAUAAUAAUCUAGCUGUAUUCUCAUCUCCACAACCUUCCCGAAAAUCAUUCUCCUUGCCUGAUUUACAACGCCAUUUCAUGCUUGAUCAAAUCGAUCAUUAGAUCAAAAUUUUCAUUUUUUCAAUUAGAUAAGUAAUACAUCAAUUUCAAAUUGAGUCCUGUA